AUGGGUGCAAAAGCUCAAAAGGAAGAUGACGUCUCUUCGGUAAAAUCAUCGGAUCACUCGACGACACAUCCAGCUGGCAGUUCAAAUGACGCGAGCAACUCACCCAACACAUCAAGCACUGGAAUCGAAAUUGUCGAGCGGACGAAAACGGUUGUAGCUGGAGAAGAAUGUAAUCAAUCGGGGGAGAAGUGUUUGUGGGAUUUGUUCAAUAAAAUAAAGUCUUCAGAUCUUGUAACUGCCGAAUCACUGGAGACAAAAAGUCUUGAAAAAGAAGAGAAAAAAGACGAUAUAGUGGACGCCGGUUCUGGAGAUAUCACGGAGCAAAAGAAGAAUGGUUUAAUGGAUACAGAUAAAUUGGACUUAGGAGAUAUCAAAGAACACCGAAAGAAAGAACUCGAAACAAUGACCGACCAAAAGAAAGUCGAGCGCACGUCGGCAAUUUUGACCGCUGGAUUCGAAUUAGCUUAUCGCUUCAAAGAGAAGCAGGAGCUCAACACAUUCGCAGAAAAGAUUCUCGAUGGAAACUUUGUGGGAAACACGGAUGCUGCUACCACCAAGUCCUUGGCCGAGUAUUGUCUUCUCCUUGAUUCCGAACUUCGUGACGAUUUGCUCACCAUGUACACCGAGUUAAAGGGGAAAUUGGACAAAAAUAACGAGGACGACUGGUAUAACUUAUGGGAGGACGAGGUGAACCUUCUCGUCGAACAUUGUGAAAAGCGAAAAAGUGCAUCGAUUCGCGCACGUGUCAUCAAUUCUGGAACAGACGGUGAUAAUGAUAGAUUCUUACGUUUCUCCAUCGGGCUCGGCGAUGAAACGAUCACGAUCACACUUAACGAAAAGCUUAAACGAGUGAUGACAGGACACGCUGGAGUCGAGAAUCUGCUCACAAAAUGUGCUGUUUCGCAGAAGUUGGGAUUUAUCGACACAUUGAUAACCUACCUAGCGCCCACCUAUAUGAAUUUGCUUAACGGUUGU